AUGGCCAAAAGUCUUGGCCUAAUCAUAGUCUUCAUAUCCUUAUUUUCUCUGCCUUCACCAACCCUUUCAAGCAUGUUAUCUAAUGCCAUUGAUUUUUGGUGCGAUAAAACCCCACAUCCUCAAACAUGCUUGCAUUUUGCCACAAUAAACCAUCACCUUCAAGAUGGUAUCCCAAAAAGUGCAUCACAAUUCAAGAACUUCAUCCUUAGAAUUGCAAUGGACCAAUCAGUGAAAGCCCAAAUUCGCAUUGUGUGGUUGGGCUCCAAAUGUAGAAGCAAGGAAGAAAAAGCAGCAUGGAGAGAUUGCAUAAACCUAUAUCAAGACACCAUCACCAUUCUCAACCAAACACUUGACCCUAUCAAACAAAGUACUAGCUAUGAUCUCCAAACAUGGCUUAGCACAGCUUUAACCAACCUUGACACUUGCCAAACCGGGUUCCAAGAGUUUGGGGUUGGCAACAAUGUUCUACCCCUCAUUCCCAACAAGACUAUCUCAAAGAUCAUAAGCAACUUUUUAGCUCUUAACAAUGCUUCUUCAUCAAUUACUCCAAAGACUAUGAGUUCCCAAAAUGGGUUUCCAAGUUGGCUGUCACCCGGUGAUAGGAAGCUUCUAGAGUCACCAUUGUUAUCACCAAAUGUUGUGGUGGCCAAAGAUGGUUCAGGGAAUUUUAAGACCAUCAAGGAAGCUUUGGAAGCUGUUCCCAAGAGGAGUGGGAAAAAUAGGUUUGUUAUAUAUGUUAAGCCUGGGGUUUAUAAUGAAAACAUUGAAAUUGGAAGGAACUUAAAUAAUAUUAUGUUGUAUGGUGAUGGUAUAAGGCUCACCAUCAUCUCUGGUAGCCGAAGCAUUGGAGGAGGUUCUACCACUUUUAAUUCGGCAACAGUUGCAGUGGUAGGAGAUGGAUUCAUUGGUCGUGGCAUAACAUUUCGGAACACAGCAGGGCCACAAAAACACCAAGCAGUAGCAUUGCGUUGUGGUGCUGAUCACUCUGUCUUUUAUCGUUGUGCUUUUGAAGGCUAUCAAGACACUCUCUAUGUCCACUCCCAAAGACAAUUCUUCAAGGAAUGCCACAUUUAUGGCACACUCGACUUCAUCUUUGGCAAUGCCGCUGUAGUCUUCCAGAGCUGCAACAUUUAUGCAAGAAGGCCAAUGCAGAAACAGAAAAUUGCCAUAACAGCACAAGGUAGGUCAGAUCCAAAUCAAAACACUGGGAUUUCCAUCCAAAACUCGCGUGUUAUGGCCGCUGAAGAUCUUGUCCCUAUGUUGGGCUCCUUCAAAACCUUCUUGGGUAGGCCAUGGAAGGAGUAUUCAAGAACCGUGUUCUUGCAAACAUACCUCGAUGCAUUAGUGGACCCUGCUGGGUGGUUGGAGUGGAAUGGUGAUUUUGCCUGUGACACAUUGUAUUAUGGAGAGUAUAAGAACCUUGGUCCUAGGGCUUCCACUGGAGGAAGAGUUAAAUGGCAUGGUUACCAUGUCAUAACAAGUGCAACCCAAGCAUCCAAAUUCACGGUUGAAAAUUUCAUUGCAGGGAGAUCAUGGUUACCUGCCACAGGCAUUCCAUUCUUCUCGGGACUCUGA